AUACCACAUCGAACAUUUACGCUGUUUCUUUAUUUGCUUUGCCACGGUCUUGCUCUCAGACUGGCUCGGCAAUUUUUUGUAAAUGGCGCUUUUCAAGAAGUUUAGCAGAGAAGACGUUUCAAAUCUUAGCCAAGUAAAAUCUUCAGUGGCACGAGGCAUACGAGCCGCCGUUUGCGAGACGUACCCCUAUCUGGAGCAAACAGACGUAAUUGAAACGCUUAUACCUAAAAAGGAAUCGGUAUACCUGGGUAAAUGCGGCCAUGUCCAGCUCUGCGUCAUCAACGGCAACAUCCUGUUCUUCCAGGAACGCGACGGGCCCUGGCUGCCCACACUCCGAGUACUCCACCAAUAUCCGGCGAUGAUGAAGCGACUGCGCACGGACAAGGGGGCCAUAAAGUUCGUGCUCAGCGGGGCCAACAUAAUGUGCCCGGGAUUGACUCACCCCGACGCCACAAUUCACGAUGAGGGCGAUGUGGGCACGCCGGUGGCCAUCUACGCCUGCGGGAAGGAGCACGCCAUGGCGGUCGGGGUGCUGCAGAUGUCCACUGCGGAUAUCCGGGCGGUCAACAAGGGCAUCGGGGUGGACAACUUGCAUCAUCUCAACGACGGUUUGUGGAAGAUGCCAAGCCUGAACUAAGGUAUCAUCAAAGACAUGUUCACCCAAGACAUGCAACCU